UACGUUUAAUAAGACUAACCAAUCAAAGUCCGGAUAAGGUGUCGGAACACUGAUCAGAAGCAGCAUCGUUAAUAACAACGCUCGAGAGAAAGUUGCCAGCUUUGGUUCCCGGUGAGAAUCUGACAGAAAGUUGUCGGCUUUAAAACUCAACAACUGUUUUGCUCUGCACUUACAUGGCUUCGACCCUUCUGUCAAGAAUUUCAUUGGUAGCUGGUCGCUGCGUGAUUAAUCCUUCUCUAUCUUCUACUCUCCCGCAGAAGUCUCGUGGUUUCGCAACAGUUCUGAAUAAGAGAGCAUUCAGCUCACAGUUACGCUCUGCCUAUUCACCUCCCUACGUUGGUCGAGUUAUGGCUUCUUCUACUGGAGUUGGACCAAAAGCUGGUUACGCGACAUCAUCCAUGUCUACCAAAGAACCAGUUGUUUCUGUUGAUUGGCUCCACUCUAAUCUCAGAGAGGCUGAUAUAAAGGUGUUGGAUGCCACAUGGUACAUGCCACAUGAGCAAAGAAACCCAAUCCAAGAGUAUCAAGUUGCUCAUAUUCCAGGUGCUCGCUUCUUUGAUUUGGAUGGAAUAUCAGAUAGAAGAACUAAUUUACCACACAUGCUACCGUCUGAGGAAGCUUUUGCUGCUGCUUGUUCUGCUCUUGGAAUCGAGAACAAAGAUGGAGUGGUUGUGUAUGAUGGAAAGGGCCUCUUUAGCGCAGCUCGUGUUUGGUGGAUGUUUAGAGUCUUUGGACAUGAAAAUGUAUGGGUACUUGAUGGAGGCUUACCGAAAUGGCGUGCUUCAGGCUAUGACGUUGAAUCUAGUGCUACAAGUGAUGCCAUUUUGAAAGCCAAUGCAGCAAGUGAGGUUGUAGAGAAAAUUUAUAAAGGACAAUCAAUUAGUCCAGUAACUUUCAAGACGAAGUUCCAGCCACAUCUUGUAUGGACACUUGAUCAGGUCAAGGAAAAUAUGGAGAAUAAGACUUAUCAGCACAUAGAUGCACGUGCAAAAGUUAGAUUUGAUGGUACUGCUCCAGAUCUUCGCAAAGGAAUACCAAGCGGUCAUAUACCCGGUAGCAAGUGUGUCCAUUAUCCCCAGAUGUUUGAUUCUUCUCAAAUACUGUUACCAGCUGAGGAGCUUAAGAAACGGUUUGAAGAAGAAGACAUUUCCGUGGACAGUCCAAUCAUGGCCUCAUGUGGAAGCGGUGUAACAGCUUGUAUUUUGGCAUUGGGACUUCAUCGUCUGGGAAAAACUGAUGUGCCAAUCUAUGAUGGAUCUUGGACUGAAUGGGCAAUGGAACCAAACAUGCCCAAGGUGGGUUCUUCAUCAGCAUGAGAGAGUCCGAUGAAAAAAGCUACAAGAUCAUAAUGUCAUAGACUCGGAUUGGAACCUGUCCAUUUUCUUUCUGCAUUAUGAUUCUGGAGUUUUAGUUACCUUUGUGGAGAUUGUUAAAAAUUCGAAGUCCUUACGGAAAACCAGCAAAUAGUUUCUAUUCUCUCAAACACAUAUCAUGUAAAAAUCCAAACAAGAUGGUAAAAUAGAUGACCGUUCAUAUUAUA